UCAGACAGAAGAUCCGGAAGCAACUCAAAGCCCAUCUCCAGUGAAAAUGAAGGCGUUGGAGACCCUUCAGCCGUAUUUUGGAAUGCACGAUCAGUUCAACCCUCCUGUUUGUCAGAAAAUCAUGAAAAAGUCGCGCCUGGAGCAGAACAUAGAUACAGCUGUGAAGCUCGGGGACUUGGACACGGCCGAGCAGCUCAGCGACCGACUUGCAACCCGCGAGUUGGCUGUUAAGGUCAGCAAAGCAGCCUCCUACCACAGACACGUGCAAACUAAGGAAGAAGGGGAGACGUCCCAGGAGACGCUAAAGAAAAAGAAGAAAGGGAAGAAUCUUGGUUGGGGGUUUGAAGCAAAGCAAAGAUGGGAAACAAAGAGCAACAUGGGAUACAUGUGAAGUCCUGUCGGAACAUGAUGGAGCUCACCGGCCCCGAUGCGGCUUCCUGGAUUCUGAUUGGCAAUCACCUCCAUGCAAUGUAAAUAAAGGCAAGGGCAAGGCUAGUCUAACUGGCCUUGUGUUGCUUCUCACCAACAGGGGGUGCACAGAAUUCCUCCCCCCUCCGAGUCUCUCAAAACAUGGGGGUACAUCAUUUCUAUUCCAGCCGUGGAGUAAUGUGAGGCCAGGAUUUCAGAACAGUGACACUGUCCAAAGCAAUGGAAAGGAGUGUAAGCUCAUCUGCUGAUCUGCAUCCUCUUGGAACCCUCUUGGGAAGGCAACUGUUUCUGAGAUUUUUUUAAAAUGUUUUUUUUAUACAACAGGUGCGUGGGGCAUAGAAAUUCAAUGGGAAACUUGCUCCCUAAAAAUUGAGAGGUCUGUAUUAAACUGUUGUCACAGAGGUGGUAUCUUCAUCGCUGUGUUGGUGGCUGUUGUUGGCUAACAUUGCACCAGCCAAUCUCCGUUACCACCUUCACUAUUGAUCUGUUCUGAUAUGAUGCCUCAUCCAAUAGCAGCUCAUCUGCCAACUGCUCACUUUAAAUCACAAGAGAAUGUUUAGUAGAUCUUCCGUAGCCCUCGCACUGAGGCGAUGUAUCACUAUGCUUAGAGCUAUGGUGAGAUAUCCAUACAGGUAUGGGACUGGUUAUCCAGAAUGUUUGGGCCAUGGGGUUUUCCACAUAACAGAUCUUUCUGUAAUUUGGAUCUUCAUACCUUUAGUCUGCUAGAAAAUCAUAUAAACAUUAAAUAAACCCAAUAGGCUGGUUUUGCUUCCAAUAAGGAUUAAUUAUAUCUUAGUUGCGAUCCAGUACAAGCGACUUUUAUUAUUACACA